CCCUGCUCUCUUCUAGGCUGCGAAGGGUCUGCCAGUGCUGCAGGCAGCUCUUUCAGACCUCCCCCACACGUGACUCCAAGGGGAAGCCCCCCAGACGGAGGUUCUUCAAGAGGAGGAACCGUGUUGAGCCAACUUCGGCUCCUCCUCCAACUCUGGCUUCUCCUCCAACUGCAGAAGAGGGCUUCCAAACAUCGUCAGGAGUCACAAUUGCCUUGAGCACCACAUGGCAAAAAAAGGAAAGAGCUAAGCUCAUUCUCUGGUGGACAUCCUUUCUUAAUUCCAUUGCGGUGCAAGUCAAUGGCGCAGAGUCGGAUACAUUGCAGUUCAGCAAGCUGAAGAUUGUCGAAUUCAUUUUGGAGAUAAUGGAGGAUAUUACCGCGCAUCCUGACCCUGGCUCCUUCUUCAGGAAAACCCUGGACACCGUCACGGAGCUGAGCAAAAUCAAGCCGCCGUUGCCCGAGGAGCUGCGGUCAGCAGUGCUGCACGUGGCGGUGUCUGGGGCCAACUACCUGGAGCCAGGGACACAUAAUGAGACCUUUCAAUCUCUUCAGAGAAUGAUUAGGGGGUUUCUGGAGGAGGCCCCCUCGGUCCACAACUUGACCAGCAUCUUGACGGAGCUCCAAAGGUACAGCACUGCAAAGGAUCCCCAGCUACAGGCUCUGGCCCAGGAAGCCUGCAGCUGUCUCCUGCAACAUGCGGCCAGCCUGCCAGCUUUUCAUGUAAGUCCCCCUCUGUGGACAUGGCUUGGCUCUUCUUCAGAAUCCUCUGGGACCCCUGCCAGGUGCCAGCUUCAGAAGAAGACCUCCUAUUGGUCUCUGGUCACCCUGGGGCUGCCUGGCAGCACACCUGCUGCAGAAGGGCUGUUUCCACUGGGGCUCACCCAAUGCCCCUUGGGACAGCAGCAGUGGCAGGAGGAACAGCAGAGAGCUGGGUUCCCCCUGGGUCUCUUCUGGCUGCCCAGUGCCCCAAAGAGCCACGCUCCAUCUUUGGUAAUCCUCAGCUUUGCACCCAACUGGAUCAUCUUUUUGAUACUCAUAGACAUGGAAAAAGAAGUCCACAUAUUGAAUAAAUAAAAUGCAUCUCUAUCUCUGCAGCUGAAAACACUGAAGGAUGCUUUCCCGGUAGCAUCCAAGAGCAGCAUCCAAGGUAACUUGGGCUAUUUCCAGGGAAGUGGGGAGGGCGGAACUGCAUCCCUCUAGACCCUCCUUCGUUGAUUCAAUAUGCACGAGUCCCUCCUUACCUCUGAUCCAAGUCAAUUCAAAUAAGAAAAUCAAGUCUCUUCUCUUCUCUUCAGAUGACCUUGUGUUGGAAGAAUUUGACGAAGAGGAGGAGUUUGGUAAAUGUAUGAGCAUCAGAAAGGAGAGAGUGGGAAUGAUUGAAGAGCCAUUUGAUAUGCCAGAGACUUCAUGUUUUGUUUUCUGUUUGGUUUUGCAGGGUGAGAGAUAACUGCUGUUCAAACCAGAAGAAUAUGCUAUCCUAGACACCAGGCCAGGUUUAUCCAACACUUGCUUGGGCUGAUGGCAUCAUCCCCUGUGGCACUGCCCCAGGCCUUUCUUCGCCUAAGGACUUUACAGGCCUGGUUUCUGCGCAGGUUUCGCCCGCAAAGACACUCUCAACAGUGGCUCCUUGCAGCGCCUCGCAGGGGGCAGUCUCCUGAUAGACAUGCACGUCCAACCUCACUCAAGGGACUCUAUUCCACAUGCGAAGGCCCACCCUUAUGAUCACCACAGAUGCCAUCCCCAGUACGGGAUGGGGAGCGCAUUUCAAAGACCUAGUGGUCGCUGGGACUUGGACAAAGGCAGAACGAUGUCAUCACAUCAGUUAUCUCAAGCUCAGGGUGAUCUUCUUGGUGCUCAAGGCUUUCUGUCAUUGGAUAGAAGGAUCUGCUGUACUCCUCACAGACAACACUAUGGCCGGAUCUUACCUGAACAGACAGGGAGGGACAGCAUCUCUUUCUCUGCUCAGUCUGGCAAUGCGACUCUGGAUGUGGUGCCUGGAGUGGGGAAUUUGGCCUUUGGCAGUACACAUCCAAGGGAAUGUCAACACUUUGGUGGAUGCACUGAGUCGUGAAACAUCCUUUCUCACAAAUGGUGCCUGGAUCCGGGCAUGCUGUGCAAGAUCUUCCACAAGUGGAGAGCUCUGCGUUGAGAUGUAUUUGCGUCAGCCCAGAAUUCUCAGUGUGUGCAAUUCUGCAGCAGGGUGGGAAGGGAUCCGGAGUUGGAAGAGGACGCCUUCCUCCUGCACUGGGGCAACCAACUCCUGGACAUGUU